AUGGCAUAUGCCUUAGCCAAAUGGCAAACCGCUUCUACCAUUGGAGUAAUAUCAUUAGUACCAAAUGACAAUCAAGUUGUAUUUGAUCUCUAAAAUGCCUUGCAAUUUCUAAAAAAUGAAAACAUUAGUCAAUUCCAAAAGAUUAAAUAUAUCACAACCUAAGGAGGAAAGUGGUAUUAUUUGCCAUUCAACAAAGAGGUAGUACAACUGGUAUUGACUGCAAAUGAUUAUAAUUAAGAGAAUGUGGAAAUGCUCAUCAAUUCCAUCAAUGCAAAAAUUUUUGAUCACAAUCCAGUAACUCCAUAAAAUAUAUCCAUAUAAUAAAAGCAGAAUAUCUAUAAUUUGUUAAUCUACUUCGAUUAAGCCCAUGGCAAAGAACCUAAACAGAUAUAAUAAAUUCUAUAAACUUUGGAUAACACUAAGCAAACUGUUCAGCAAAACAUUGAAAAACUUAUCAACAACAAAGAAUAGCUUCUGAAUAUUGAAGGUUGUAUUCAACAAUAUUGA